GUUGGUUGAGAAAGAGAAGGCGGGGUGAAAAAAACAACCUAGAGAAUAUGGUCUCGCGAGAAAAAAAUAUGGUUUUUCGAUUAUUGUUUACACUAUUGAAAAAACAGAACCGAACUGAACCGAUCCGGAUUAACACGAACCGAACCGUCCCUGCUUGUGAGCAGAGUGGUCGCAGAGAGACGGAGUCAAAAGUCGAGCCUAAUAUAAGGGGUUCUCUCAGUCUUGGAUUGGGAGACAGAUCCUGACUCUCCCCGUGAUAAAACAACAAAAGUCUGCAGUUUUUAAUAAUGAGCGUGAAAUAAACCACCAGGAGAACGGGGCAGUGCCUGUCUGAGCGAGCGUAGUGUGUCUGUAGGCCGGGAGAAAGGGGUUACAACAAAACAACAUCACGUGCAUCCCGCACUUAGAAGCGCAAAUACGGAUCAGGAAAACCCGAGGAUCUUCAGGCCGCCCGAGCGAAACCCCCACAACAGUAACUCAGGGCCGCUGGGUUCGUUAGGCUAGUGCAUCUAGCCUGAACCUUACAGGGGGUGAGGACGGGGAUCGAAGCGAGGCCUCCUCGUGGUUUGGGAGUGUCGGGGGGCCGAGAACGGAAAGAGGAUAAUCAGUUAUCGGUCAGACCCCAGUCCCGGGAUCCGAGAAAGACGAAACCGGCGCAGAAAUGAUGGAAGAACUGCAUAGUCUGGACCCCCGACGCCAGGAGCUUCUGGAGGCCAGAUUCAUGGGAGCUGGGGCCAGCAAAGGUCCAGUUAAUAACGAGUCUUCCAACCAGAGUUUGUGCAGCGUGGGGUCUCUCAGUGACAAGGAGCUGGAGACUCCGGAGAAAAAACCGAAUGAACAGAGGAACAGGAAGCGGAAAGUAGAGCCGUAUGACACCAGUCAAGGGAAAGGCACAACAAGAGGGCAUAAAAUCAGUGAUUACUUUGAGUUUGCAGGUGGCAGUGGCCCUGGAACAAGCCCUGGCAGGAGUGCCCCUCCUGUGGCUCGGUCUUCACCACAACAUUCCUUAUCCAACCCCCCUCCUUCUGUACAGCAAGGCAGCCCUUCAUCUACAGGCUCGUCAAACACUGACCAUUCCUGCAGCUCCCAGAAACCCAUCUCUGUCCUGCACAAAUCCACACAGUCAGAUCUCACAAUAGAGAAGCUCACUGCCCUGGAAAACAACAAGAACUCUGACCUGGAGAAGAAAGAGGGCAGGAUAGAUGAUUUAUUACGGACGAACUGCGACUUGAGGCAACAGAUUACUGAGCAGCAGAAGAUGCUGGAGAAGUACAAAGAAAGGUUAAACAAUUGUGUGACCAUGAGUAAAAAGCUGCUAAUAGAGAAGUCCAAGCAGGAGAAGAUGGCAUGUCGAGACAAGAGCAUGCAGGACCGUCUCAGGCUGGGGCAUUUCACUACAGUCAGACACGGAGCCUCCUUCACAGAGCAGUGGACAGAUGGAUACGCCUUUCAGAACCUCAUCAAACAACAGGAGCGAAUAAACUCCCAGAGAGAGGAGAUUGAGAGACAGAGGAAGAUGCUAGCAAAGCGGAAACCACCAGCUAUGGUCCAGAUGCCACCCCUAAAUAUAGAGCAGAAACAACGGAAAAACAAAACCAACGGUGCUGAAAACGAAACGUUAACUUUAGCAGAGUAUCACGAACAGGAGGAGAUUUUCAAACUUAGGCUUGGGCAUCUUAAAAAGGAGGAAGCUGAGAUCCAGGCUGAGCUGGAACGCUUAGAGAGAGUACGAAAUCUGCACAUCCGAGAACUCAAGAGGAUACACAACGAAGACAACUCUCAGUUCAAAGAUCACCCCACACUGAAUGACAGGUACCUGUUGUUACAUUUACUGGGAAGAGGUGGAUUCAGUGAAGUGUACAAGGCUUUCGACUUAACAGAACAGAGAUACGUAGCUGUAAAAAUUCACCAGUUAAAUAAGAAUUGGAGAGAUGAGAAGAAAGAGAACUACCACAAACAUGCCUGCAGGGAGUACAGAAUCCACAAGGAGCUGGAUCACCCCCGGAUAGUCAAACUGUACGACUACUUCUCCCUCGACACAGACUCGUUUUGUACAGUUCUGGAAUACUGCGAGGGGAACGACCUGGAUUUCUACCUGAAACAGCACAAGCUGAUGUCAGAGAAGGAGGCUCGCUCCAUCAUCAUGCAGAUCGUCAAUGCGCUCAAGUAUCUCAAUGAGAUCAAGCCCCCCAUCAUCCAUUACGACUUGAAGCCAGGUAAUAUUCUUCUAGUGAACGGGACAGCAUGUGGCGAGAUUAAAAUCACAGAUUUUGGAUUAUCUAAAAUCAUGGACGAUGACAGCUAUAAUUCUGUGGACGGAAUGGAACUGACAUCACAAGGAGCUGGCACUUACUGGUACCUUCCACCAGAGUGUUUUGUGGUUGGGAAAGAGCCUCCGAAGAUCUCCAACAAGGUGGACGUGUGGUCGGUGGGAGUAAUCUUCUACCAGGGCCUGUAUGGAAGGAAGCCUUUUGGUCACAACCAGUCCCAACAGGACAUACUCCAGGAGAACACCAUCCUGAAAGCUACAGAAGUGCAGUUUCCUCCAAAGCCAGUUGUGUCCCCAGAAGCAAAGGCAUUCAUCCGCCGCUGCCUGGCAUACCGGAAAGAGGAUCGGAUAGCCGUCCACCAGUUGGCUAGCGAUCCGUACUUGAUGCCUCACAUCCGAAAAUCUGUCUCCACCACAGGUGCCCCUGGAACUGCCAUCCCUUCGACAUCUGGCUCCUCCAAUAGCAGUGCUUCAAACUGAGCUGCUGCUCUGAACAGUGUUGGCAAAGAAGAUUCAAGUCCAAGUAAAAUUUAAAAAGGAGAAGGGGGGGGGAAAGAAAGAAACUCUAGUUGGAAAUGGCUGAGAAAACGAGUUGUCGACCAGGUGUUUAUCAUUUCCUUCAGCAUGAAAACAUCCACUCUCGACAAGACAAAUGUAUCCAUUAGGGUGCAAGACAGAGAGGAAAAGAGAGAGGAUGAGGUUUAUUAUCAAGAAGCUGUGGCUGCUGGUGAAAAACUAGAUACCAUCAUUCUGAUGGAUUACUUCAAUCAGAACAGCUUAAGAUGGUUGAAAGACUGAAACAGAUCUAUUUAUGAUCAUCUUCAAUUGAACUCCUCUGGAACUGAAGUUGAGAUGUUGAUUUAGUUUGUUUCUUUCAUAAAAGUUGUUAGUCAACAUCUUUUGUUUCUCAGAAAUCUAAGCACAAGUGUUAGGCUUGGGAACAAUUGCAUUUUACUCCCUUGCCUUUGAAAGUUUGCGACUACCCGUUGGUGGUUUUAGAAUUAGUGAGUUUUAUUUUUUUUUAAUCCCUUGUAUUAUUUUUUUAAGGGGAGGUAGGGGCUGACUCCUGAAGUGAACAGGUUACACUUUGUGGAUUGCGUUUAUCAAUUCUGUUUUAACAGAAACCAAACUGGAAACUGGCCUUUUAAUGUAUAAAGAGCCACAUGUUUUGAAUUUGGGGCUGGAUUUUAAUUAAGGGGGGUGGGGUGGGGGGUAAUGCGUAUAAACCAUUAAAUAAUAUUGAAAGAGAUCCAUGUUUUCAACUUAUUCCAAUUGCUUUCUAAAAUUAAUGGCCUUUUCACAAGUCUGUAGGUGUAAAUCUUGAGGUUUUUAGUAAAAAAAAUAUACACCUGCGCAAUAGACCACGUUGAGCUCACACGCGACGUACCAUUAUGUAAUAAAAAUUAUUCUAACGCAGACCAGGGUCCCAAUUAGGCCACUUAAAAAAUAUGACACAAUUAUUAUUGUUGGUAUUCUUCUAUUGCUGCCUGAUGGCAUAUAAAGAGAAUUCAUGCAGAGGUACGUUUCCUGUGUGUACCAUUAUAUAUAGUACCAGAUAUGUAUUAAGUCUUUAAGUUCACAGACCUUUUAUGGAAUUGUCAUGGAGCAUCAACAGUAGAUGCAUUUUAUGAGGCAGUUAUUUUGCUAAUUAAAAUGCUGGCAACUUUGUGGGCAAACUUACUAUACAGUAACUAUUCAGUGAAAAUGGCGGCUUCAAAGUUUGAGAAUCAAAGCAUAUCAUACCAAGCAUAUCAGCAGGGGUACUGUACCCGUACAUACAAAUUAUUUCCUAAUUCAUGGACAGUGAUAUAUUUGAUGUCAAGUUUUUAACUAAAUGUUCUGUCUUAGCUUUGGCUUGUCAGCAUUUCACAUUGGCACACAGUAUUUGUAAUGUAAAAUAACAAUGCAAGGGAAAUAAUAUGGUCGUGGUAAAAGCAUUGGUAAAAGAAUUGAUUAAUUGAUCAUGGCAAAUCUUCUCAACGAGUUUGCUAAGCGGUCGAAACACUGUAGCUGUAAUUUUUAUGCUAACAAAAAAAGCUGUCAUUUUAGUCCAUGUUCAGACCCUUGCUGCAUAGUUUACAGGAGUGAAUUGAAAAGUACUAGCAGACAUCCAGUUAAGGCAUGACUGCACGCUGUUACUGACUUCUUAAUGACCCAAGAGCAAUAACUCACUGAUCGUAGUGAUUCUACACAGGCAAUAAAAUGAAUCUUGAAAUAUUUUCUAAAAGAACUCUAUCCCAGCAAUAUAUUUACAGAUGUUUGUGUAGCCUUAGUGGUCCUGUAAAAUAGUUGCUGCUAGCUAUUCGUUUACUCCUGUUUAUUUUUUUAAUACAUGCCCACUAGUGAAGGUAGAAUAAAUAGAGUACAGAUUUAAACAUCAUGGGAUUUGGUUUCCAUUUCUUAUUUUGUUUCUAUAUUUCAUUACAUCCUUGAAACUUAUUUUUAAAAGGUUUGCACUCAGCAAGGUUCAUAGUAAUAUAUUCUCGACUCAAGUCCAUUUCAACUUUCUUGUAGUUAGUUCCCUGCAAUGGCUUUUUCAAUAUAAGACCAGAGGUAAAAGUAAGACUAAUUUGUUUCUAAGUAUCACCUCCAACACCUGGGUAGGCUUCCUUAUAAAGAAAAAAUAAAAUAAGACUUAAUUUGCAUCUUGUUAGCAGCAGCUUCACAAAUCAAAUUAGUUUAGCAUCACUUAGAAUGUUAAAAUUGAGACAUAAUUAAACACACCCACAAAAAAAAAACUAUAUGAACAUAAUCUAGAUCUUUUAGUUAACAUCAUGUAAUAAAAGAAACUACAAAAUGAUUCGCAAAAGUCGGAAGCCAUCAUAGUAGUAGUUGAAAUGGUUUUUAGUAGGGAACAUAUUUAUAUGAACCUUGCUGUGCUCAAACUUUUUAAAAACACAGCAAUGAUUCAAAUCAUUUUAGAUAGGAGAUACUGGCAUAUAUACUACUGUAUCCUAGCCAGUGUAACUAAAUGCCAGAGAGCCUGACUAGAUUUUUUUUUUUUU